AUGGCCAGUGCAGCGAACAGGCGCCCACUUCUUGCCCUUAACCACAACGUCCUCCCAUCGUGCGCUGUCGACUCCCCAGCCGUGACCAGAGAGUAUCGAGAUAUGAAAGCAAUUGCUGCUGCACUUCGAGCUUUUUUCGAUCGUUCUAAGAGACACGAUAAACUCGCCCGUCGUCAUUGGGAAAGCUUCAAGCAAUCGGGAGAACGGGGAGAACUCGAAAGGUCUAUAAGUCACGAUCAUGCCGCUCUCGAACUUCGUCUCGAUGGACACCCAUGUCGCUCGGAAUCGUUGCAUAACCUCGCGCUUUCUCUUUGGACGCGAUACGAACGGUGGGACCAAUUGGAAGAUCUAGAAGAAUGCAUCGUGUUGAACCGAGUCGCCCUCGAGCUUCGAACCGAAGGCCAUCCUGAUCGCUCUUUGUCUCUCGGCAAUCUUGCAGUCUCUCUAAGGAUCCGGUACAACCAGCAAGGAGUGACAAAGGACCUCGAAGAAGCCAUUGAGUUGGAGCGAGCUGCCCUCGAGCUUCGACCGGAAGGCCAUCCCGAUCGCUCUCUCUCUCUCGGCAAUCUUGCAAGCUCUCUGAGGACUCGAUACAACCAGCAAGGAGUGACAAAGGACCUCGAAGAAGCCAUUGAGUUGGAGCGAGCUGCCCUCGAGCUUCGACCGGAAGGCCAUCCGAAUCGCUCUGUCUCUCUCAGCAAUCUCGCAAUCUCUCUGACGACCCGAUACGACCAGCAAGGA